UGAUGCAAUUUUGCAACCAAACCUCUGUCACCGACUCACCAUUACUACAGGGGUAAAGAAAGUAGAAUUCCCCAAUUCAAAAUUAAGGAAGAAAUACCCAAUUCACUCCAGAAACCCUAUCCUCUCUUAUUCUUCAUUACAGUGAUUGAUUAUUCUCCCUUAUGCUCUGCAUCAAUGGCUUCUUCAGAGAUAGAGGUGGUGUCUUCGGACUCAAAAACCCAGGAAAACCCUCCCGAGGUUCCCGUGUUCGACGUUUUCUCUGCUUCUGCUUAUGGCGAUUUUCAGAAACUCAGAAAGUUCGUCGAGCAAGACGGUGCCUCUCUCUCCAAGCCAGACGUCCAUGGCUACUACGCCCUCCACUGGGCUGCUCUCAAUAACUUCCCCGAUAUUGCCCACUACAUAAUUCAGCAUGGUGGAGAUGUCAAUGCGACUGAAAAUGUACAUCAGACAGCAUUGCAUUGGGCAGCCGUGAAGGGUGCAAUUGCGGCGGCUGAUGUGCUCUUGCAGAAUGGAGCUAGAGUUGAGGCAGCUGAUGUACAUGGCUACCGGGCAGUUCACGUUGCUGCUCAAUAUGGGCAAACAUCUUUUCUGAAUCACAUUGUUGCAAGAUAUCAUGCUGAUUUUGAUGCACCUGAUAAUGAGGGGAGGAGUCCUCUUCAUUGGGCCGCAUAUAAAGGUUUUGCAGAUACAGUUAGAUUACUUCUGUUUAGAGAUGCAUGCCAAGGGAGGCAAGAUAAAGAAGGUUGUACCCCUUUGCACUGGGCAGCUUUAAGUGGGAACGUGGAGGCUUGCACAGUGCUUGUCUAUGCUGGCACUAAGCAGGAAUUAACUGUGAAAGACAAUGCUGGUUUUACGCCUGUUCAGAUUGCAUCUGAUAAAGGUCAUCAGCGUGUCGCUCUUUUCCUUGCUAACCAGCAGCGGGCUCAUAGCAACUGCUGGAGAGACAAAUUUUGCAGUGGGAAGAUGGCGGAUAUUGGUUACGCACCUGUCUUGUUGUGUAUAAUAGUCUUUCAGACAGUUCUCUUUAUGAAUUCUGUCCUUGCAGCUCCUAAUCUGACAAAGGUUACUGCUGCUGUCGGUAUCUGGGGAUGGACUGCCAUUUCAUUAGCAGUGGGUUCCUUGAUUAUGUUCUACAGGUGCAGCAGUAAAGAUCCAGGUUACAUCAAAAGAGCAGGGGAUUUAAGCAAUCGUAUAAAUACAGAGGAUCCUUUGUUGAACGUUGAUUUGAACAAUUCCGCUGUAUGGAUGGGAAAUUGGUCUCAACUUUGUCCCACUUGCAAGAUAAUUAGACCUGUUCGCUCUAAACACUGCCCCUCAUGUAACCGAUGCGUAGAACAGUUUGACCAUCAUUGUCCAUGGAUAUCUAAUUGUGUUGGAAAGAGAAACAAGCGAGAUUUCUUUAUACUUAUCUGCCUGGGAACUUUGACGUCACUCAUUUCUACUGCUGUUGCAGUUCAAAGGAUUUGGGGUGCAUUGCCAGGACUGCGAACAGAAGAAUCAUGGAUUCGUCGUGUGGUAGUUCAAUAUCCUAGUAUUGUUGCUUUUCUGUUGGUGGACGUAAUUAUUUUAAUUGCUGUUACUACCCUGACAACGGCGCAGGCAACUCAGAUAGCUCGAAAUAUCACCACCAACGAAUUGGCGAAUGCUAUUCGUUAUGGGUAUCUUCGUGGUCCAGAUGGGCGGUUCCGAAACCCAUAUAACCAUGGGUGCAGGAAAAAUUGUUCUGAUUUUCUCAUUCAGGGCCACACAGAUGAUGAAAUGGCUUGGCCUCCAUUGCAGCAGGUUGCCAGUUAGAACAUUAUUCGGUCCUCUCCGUUGUCCCAGGCCAUGGAUGAUGCUUGGCAUCCUGCGGUCGACCUGUAGUUGCUUGUACUGUUUGUCACCGUAGCUAGGUUACCCAGUUCUUAUACACGAGACCCUGUGUACAAUUGAAACAAUAAAAUCCAAAAGAAAUGAAAGCUUUUUUCGUGCGAUUGUGUGCCGAGACAGAUUGACAUGGUUAUGUUCUGAGACGGAUCGUCUUUCUCCUCAGCUUCAGAUUAUUAUUGGUGUGGAAUGCGGGAAAAAGUACAAAUUACUGUAAUUCAUUCAAGUUUGUGAGAAGUCGACAUCAAAGGAGAGUUUCCUCUUCCUGAAAUCAUGAGAUAAAUGUUGAACGUUUUGCGUUAUUUGAUAGAAAACACUACAUCUGAUUACACUUUCUGGUGUUUGUGUGUUUAGGCUUA